UGAUGUGGCCAGGGUGUGAAAGCAGAAAAGUAAAGGUGAAAGUGCACAUGUGCUUCGAUUGACUGAAGCAGAGACUGAUGGACACAUAAAGACACAGUCUAGCGAUCUACCCUUCUUUAGUGCGUGUGAUAGCGUGCUCAAUCGUUUGCUUUUUCAGAUGGGUUCAAAACCUGAGGAUAAUUUUGGAAUUCGACUGAUCAUGAGAUAUUACUUCAUUCUUUUGCUUUCCUCAACAAUAUUCUGCUUCACUGAUGUGGACGUUGUUCAGGAUGAUAUAAAAAUAGUUCGAGCUGGAGAAGAUGUGAAUCUUACUUGCUACUUUUCAGAGCUUCUGGACUCAACAGUAUGGUUUAAACAGACAGCUGAAAGAAAAUCUUUACAAAUUGUGUCUUUAUAUUUAAAUCAACAACCCAGUUGGAAUAAAGACUUUGAGAAAAUGAAUCGCUUUAAUGUUAUCAAAGGAGAUGAUCAUUUUAAUCUGACCAUUUUAAAUACAAAGCUUUCAGACUCAGCAACAUAUUACUGUGUAAUCACAUCAUAUUACAGCAUUGGAUUGGGUGCAGGAACUAGAUUACUUGUCAGAGAUGCAGCUGUAACGCACACAACUCUUCAGCAGUCUUUGAUAGACACGCUUCAUCCAGGAGAUUCUGUGAAUUUGCAGUGCAGCAUCUUCACUGAGAGUUGUGCAGGAGAACACAGUGUCUACUGGUUCAGACAAAGCUCGGGAGACUCUCAAGGAGUCCUUUACACCAAAGGAGAGAGAAAUGGUCAGUGUAAUAAGAGCAGUGAGUCUCAAACGCAGAGCUGCGUCUACAAUCUCCUCAAGAGCAACAUCAGUCACUCUGACACUGGGAUUUACUACUGCGCUGUGGCCGCAUGUGGAGAGAUACUGUUUGGAAAAGGAACUCAACUAAAUUUUAGAGUGAGUGGUGAUGUGAAUCCAACUCUUGCUCUUGGAAUUUUAAACUUCAUAUUUUUGGCUCUUGUUGUUUUUCUGGGAAUAAAACUAUGCAGGGGUCAAAAUAAAGUGUCCAUGCCUCAAGAGAAUCAAAAUGAAGACACCAUGAAUUAUGCAGCCAUUAGUUUUGCUCAGAAACCUCUGAACACUAGAAGGACCAAAUCAAAGAUCAUUCAGGAGCAAUCUGUGUACGCUCAGGUCAGAUCACAGCAGUAACAUCCAGAGCUUUAGAGAAGCAUUUACCUUCUACACAAAUAUUUUCAUCAUGAGCUUAUAACAAUUUGAGGUAAAUACAUUUAAUUUGGUUGAAUAAUUUUGGUAAUUUUUACUCUGUUUAAUGAGUUUAUUGGUUUUCUUCAUGUUUUUAUGUUGUGUUGUCUGUUUUAUAAAUUAUUUUUGCCCUUCAACUGUGCAGCACUUUGGUUAGCCUUGUUGCUGUUAUUAAUGUGCUUUAAAAAAUAAAUAAAAUAACUUGAUCUUGAAUCUAUAAUGCCUUUAAGGAUCAUGUCCUUUAUUAAGAAAAUAGCUGCCGGCGGCCAUAUUUUAAUGUAUUUAUAUUUUAAAGUGUUACUUUGGCUUUGUACUGUGUAUUGAUAGCUAUGAAUUUGUUAGGCAUGGUAAGGAUAAGGAUAAUUGUAAAAGAAAAGCAGUGAAGUAGAAAAGUCUAUUUUUGUAAAUUAAUGCAUGUAUGUUGUUAGACUCUGUGUUCUUUUUGAACAACUUUGCAACUUUGUGUUAUGAAAUGUUCCAUUUUUUCCAUAUGAAUCACUUGUGUGUAUGCUUCAUUUGCAUCUGCUAAAUUAAUAGCCUGUUUAUGUGCAUGUGCAUUUGUUCAAAUGUGUGUGUGUGUUUUUUUUGUUUGUUUGUUUGUUACAUUGCAUUGCUUGUUUUUAUUCUGUUAACUUAAAUGAUGGGUCCUGGUGCAUGUAUAAGGUAUACUUCCCUGGCAAAGUAUUAGUUAGCAUUUAGUUAGUCUUUAACAAUAAUUAUUUCAAAGACAACUUGCUGAAUGCUGAAUUCAACACAUGGUCUCUACUGCCACCUAGUGGUUGUAGAUCAUUGGUAUGAGAUCUGGGCUCCCCCUUUUUAUGCCCUUUUUAGGCGAGAGUAGGCAGCUGCAGUGAGGGGAGGAGUGGAAAAAGUGCAGCCAAGACAGACAGUUCUCUCCUCUCAUAGUGGAUCAGACACCUACGAGUUCAAAGGCGGACAUCUCAGGAUACACACUCAUGUGCUUUGUAAUAAACUAGAUGUAAUUUAGGUUCUGUUGCUUUUAUAUGAAAAUAAAUGUGAUGAACAAGACACCCAAA